AACAAACAAUAUUUUAUUGAAAUUAGGGUUGGAGAAAAAAACCCGACAUAAAUCAAAAAUUCAAGAAAAUGAAACCCAAAGUACUAGAAUGUACUUACAUGACACAUUAAACCCUCACCUGGCAUUUCUACAUAUACCAGUUGUCAAACUGAACUCCAUUCCUAGUGGCCAUUACGGAGAGUUUCACAUGUAUGCAUACACAGGAUCUAAUUUAAAUAUGCAAAAUUACUAUAGUGAAAGGAAUGAUCUCAACUUCCCGUUUGAAAUUCUCCAAUCCUUCUGUGUUCCCAGCACCCACAGCUACUCUGGUAGGAAAACAAAUCCUUUUGAUCCCUCCUUUUGGUUUCUUAGGGUACUUGUUUAGGAUUCAGGGCAUCUGGUAAGCUCUUUCGAAUGUGCAUUGGCUUGGGGAUACAGGGGAAGAGAGUGACAUGGUGGCUGUUAAGAGUGCCUGGAGGCCAGAGAGAGCACCUGGCAUCCUCUGGUCUGGUGCUCUGGGCUCAGGUAGGGACCUGGGCGGUUUGCAAGAGCUGCCCAGACCCCAGGAGACUGGUGUUUGCUCCUGGCAUCCCCACCUUGUCGGUUGGAAAUCAGGGGACCCCAGGUUUUCCCAGUAUGUGUCUGUCUUUUCCUUCCUGGAACUCCUAGAGCCAACACUAAGGGGCACCAGAGCCUUGGACUGUAGUGCCAGCUUGGAGGGCGCUGCGGAAGUUCCAGCGCAGAGGAGCCCACCCAGCGGGGCUGGGCAGCAGGCACAGUGAGCAGAUGCCUCAGGGUCUUAGGGGUCCUCUGCAGGAAUCCUCCAAGAUUAGGGCCCCCACUCAAUGCUGGUGAGGUGUACUGCAGUGCUGGUGCUUCCCUGGAGCGGGGAGACCUUUUGUUGCCGCUUACUUUGGAGGAGAAAGCGUGGUCAGACAUGGAGUACAGUGUGGUCACAGCUGCAGCACACACACAGUGUCGGUUAAACAGCACCGUGUAGGCAGACACACAGAUGCACACACCCCGCAUCCUUUCUGACCCAUAAAACCGAUUUAGGACAAAACCCAAACGCAGUGGAGCUCUCUAGAGACUCAAAAAGCGUUCAGACUGAGCCUGCAAAGUCACCUCGCCCCUCCUCUAAUCAGCCUCCUCUUGCAGAAGAUUGUCUAGCGAGGGAAAUGAUACCCAGUCCCUAGUCCCCAACAGGGACCUCUUAGCUGCCCUCUGGUGUCUGGGACUUGUCCCCUAGACAGCGGGGUCCUAAGGAGAAGCUGAAGACCCAGGUCAGCAGCCUUGGCCACUCGGCCCACGUCUUGACUCUGAAAUAAAAAGUGGGGAGGGAUCGCAACCCCUGGGCAAAAGCCUGGGUGUACAGGACCCGGAGGGGGCGGUGGACAGCGGGUCUUCAAGCUGCCGGGGCGCGUCUUCGUCCUCCGCCCCGGGCCAAGCUGCUGUCACUGCACCAGGAUGGAGAGACCUCGGGGCGGGAGGAGAUGACGCAAAAUCCAGCGCUCCCCCCAAAAAAGUGUGCCUCCAGGACGAAGAUGGCGGCAACUUAGCCCGGGGACUGAAGAUGACUGUGGCCUCGGGAGGCCCAGAGCAGGCGACUCGGCCCCCGGCGGCGCCCGCGGGCAGACCUGCAGCGGCCGCGGCGACAGUCGGAGCGCGGGGUGGGGGGUGGGGGGGAGGGACAGCCCCGCCGGCGGCCGCCCAAGCUCGGGGCGCGGGGAGAGCCAGCGCGAAGUAGGCGCGGGAGGCGGAGGAGAAGCCAGCGACGGAGAGGAAGGAGGAGGAAGAGGAGGAGAAGAGGAGGAGGAGAGGAGGAGGGGAGGCGCUCCGGUCGCCGUCAGUGGGCAGCAGAGACGCGGCAUGCCCCUGGCAGGGGAGAGCGGGCUGUCCUCAGCUGGGCCAUGGGGACCCGCGCGCUGACAAUGCCGGGGUGAUAGGAGCAGCGCCAGCCACCCAGCCACCUCCACCACCAUCACCUCCCGCACUCAGCCUCCCCACCGGCCAGCACAGCACCAGCCUCCGCGUCUCUCUCUCUCUCUCUCUCUCUCUCUCUCUCUCUCUCUCUCUCUCUCUCUCUCUCUUAUUGUCUCCCACUCUUCAAGGGAUGGGGUCGGCUGAUGCUUAGGUCGGAAGCAAGAUCUUCCUCCAAAGUAUGGUAAUAUUUAUGUAGGGAGAGAGAGAGAGAGAGAGAGAGAGAGAGAGAGAGAGAAGAAACGGGAGGAGGGGAUACGGAAAUUAAACCCUUUAAGUCAAUGCAUAUUGUGGUGACACCGGCACAGGAGCCCUCACGGUGGAGUCGGCCAGGGCUGUGCGUUCCCAAAAUAUGACCAGGGGUGCUUGGAUGUGUCGGCAGUAUGACGACGGCUUAAAAAUCUGGUUGGCAGCACCCCGGGAGAACGAGAAACCGUUCAUCGAUUCAGAGCGGGCUCAGAAAUGGCGACUGUCUCUGGCUUCUCUCUUGUUUUUCACAGUCCUGCUCUCUGAUCACUUGUGGUUCUGCGCCGAGGCCAAGCUGACCCGGACCCGGGACAAAGAGCAUCACCAACAGCAGCAGCAACAGCAGCAACAGCAGCAGCAACAGCAGCAACAGCAGCAGCAGCAGCAGCAGCGACAGCAGCAGCGGCAGCGACAGCAGCAGAGGCAGCGACAGCAGGAGCCCUCCUGGCCCGCGCUCCUGGCCAGCAUGGGGGAGUCCUCGCCCGCCGCCCAGGCACACAGACUCCUCUCCGCCUCCUCGUCCCCCACCCUGCCCCCCUCCCCGGGAGGCGGCGGCGGCAGCAAGGGCAACCGAGGCAAGAACAACCGGAGCAGGGCUCUUUUUCUAGGAAACUCUGCCAAGCCGGUGUGGCGCCUAGAGACUUGUUACCCCCAGGGCGCCUCCUCCGGCCAGUGCUUCACCGUGGAGAGCGCGGACGCUGUGUGCGCCAGGAACUGGAGUCGGGGGGCGGCCGCGGGGGAGGAGCAGUCGUCCAGGGGCUCUCGGCCAACUCCGCUGUGGAACUUGUCGGAUUUUUACCUUUCAUUUUGUAAUUCCUACACACUUUGGGAGUUGUUUUCGGGGCUGUCCAGCCCCAGUACUUUGAACUGCAGUCUGGACGUGGUGCUCACGGAGGGCGGUGAGAUGACCACGUGUAGACAGUGCAUCGAGGCUUACCAGGACUACGACCACCACGCUCAGGAGAAGUACGAAGAGUUUGAAAGCGUGCUGCAUAAGUACUUACAGUCGGAUGAGUACUCGGUGAAGUCCUGUCCUGAGGACUGCAAGCUAUAACACCAGAAGUUUUCAUGUUUGGAGACCUGGCAGUACACAAACAAGAUGCUUCAACUACCCAUCAUCCUUUGAAAAUCAGGGGGCCAGGUCUGGAGGAGCAAAAAGUGUGUGAGGGAAUUGCAGUAGCUUCCCCUUACUUGAUUUAAAACUGGUUUGUAUGGACCUUUUAAAGAAGCCAGAGACUGGCAGGGAGCUAUGCCUUUGAAACCUGCACCUCAUUUGAAUUAAAAAGGGACUUUGAUAUGAAGCAAAGGUACCCUGCUUUGCCAGUAGCUCUGCAGGAUGAAGCUCUGAAGACCCCUCUAAACUCAACUCAGCUGAGAAGGAGAAGACACCAUUUUAUCUUAGCAUCUGGCCUGAUCAUGCUGCUUUUUAAAGAUUCUCUAUAUCUUUGCAAACAGAUGCUUUUAAUAUUUAAUAUAGCUCUAUGGUAAACUUACAUCUCGGUGAGCUGUUUUGUUUGUUUGUUUGUUUGUUUGUUUGUUUGUUUUUGCAAAGUAAAAGGAAUCUUAAACUUUUUAUUGAAAAUAUAAAAAGGGCUUAUUUUGUUUAUUUGUCCUAGAUAAGCAAAGAGAGUUGUGGAAUGAAAACAUUGUACACACGUAAAUAACAUUGCAUUCACAUAAAUAAAAAGCAUGGUGAGAAGAAGACAGAGAGCAUAGUGUGAUUUAAGCACAAGUAGAAAAACAAAGUCGAUCGGAGGGGUGUAUCAGCUCAAGCCUAUAAUCCAGCCUCUGGGAAGCUGAUACAGGAGAAUUGCCAUGAGUUGGAGAGCACAUUGGGCUACAUAGUUCAAAGCCAGCAUGGGCAGAGAGAAAGACCCUUCCUCUACUGCUUCCUGCUCCCCCUCCCUGUGCAGCUUUUUCUUCCUGUGACCUUAGACCUACUCUCCCCUUCACUGUCUUAUUUGGGAUUUAGCAUCUGUAUUUUGUAAUUGAAAUUAGCAUUUUGUGAAUAUCAAAUGUACGUAAACAAUGACCAAUGCCUGACACUGAACAAUGAAACACCAAUCCUGUGUCCUCCUGGGUCCUUUACCUGGCUCCAUGCACUGAACAGUAUUGGUAAACAAUUUUAUCUAAAGCAUGUUUUGGAUCAUUUGAAAUAUAAGCAGAAGCAAACUUCAAUCUAGUGUAAAAAAAAAUCGUAUUUAUGACUCUCAACAAGAAAGCAUGAAUUUUGUAGAUAGUGUUUCACUCAAAAUACGUUUUCAUGCAGUUUGUCUGCAUACUCCAUGGAAGAGCAUGACACAGCAAAACUUGCACCAGGAAACAGCCUGGUGACUGGAUACAUCACUCCUAGGAAAGGCAAUGAGGCCAGGGCCCAGCAGGAAGUCACCUCGUCCUGGCAGGGAUAGAGAACUCUGAGCUGGGUGCAAGCAAGGCUGAGGAAUGGAGCUGGGGACUGGUCUCCCUGAAGAAAGGACACUUUCUUGCAUAGAAGGCACCCCAGAAAUGGGAGCAAGGGAGUCCUGAAAUCUGAUCUCUGCUUUCUGAGAGGCCGAGACCCAGCCUGCCAAUAUUUCUAGAAGAUUUAAUAGACAGAAGGAUGGGCCCCCAGGGACUUCUGGGAAAUACCUUUUUAGCUUAUAAAGGGGUCAAAGGGCCAGGAAAGGAACUUCAUCACAAAGGGAUGGAGAAGCCAUCACAGUGAUGUACGCUGUGAUGUCAUCACUAAGGAGUAUAGCGACAGGAAGAUGGAAUUUGAAGUUGGCUUGGACCACAUAGUGAGUCCAAGUCCAGUCUGGGUUUUAUAGACCUUGUUGAGAUAUUCUCGCAGGGUAAAGAGUGAAUUCUUGGAAACAGGAAGUGGGGCAUGAAGCAGAAAGUAGCCUUUCCCAAAUCUAUCUCCAAAUCCAGAAGGUGGUUGAAUCUUCCCAGGUAAAGCUUAUUUUUCACUGUUACUGGCAACAGCCCAGGACAAAUCUAGCUGACACAGGAGCAGCCAACGGUGUAUUUUAUGAACUUCAAGGGAUAUAAGCCAAGUCUUGUCUUCUGGUGAUCAGGGAAAGUUCUGGCUUCCCAUGCCUAGGACUGGUGAUCCCAGAGCAGGGAGAUCUAGAAACACUAUCAUGGAAUUUCCACUUGAUAAGCAAGCAGCUUGCUGUGAUGGGCUGACAGGACAGUCCUCUGGUUUGAGAGUGUACCUAUAGCAAAACCUGACUUUGUUGAUGGGUUUCCGGUCAUACUUUUGAGGGGCAAUGUUUGGCUCAAAACACAGGGGAAGGGCGCAAUUGUGAAAGACGUUGAUGGUUGGUCUUGGUUAAACCGUAGGGCGUCAUGGGGUAAAGGGUUUAGCUGAGCAUACACAUACCCGUAGAAAACAGAGGAGAUGGUUUCUAGCACACUUUCCUGCCUCAGUUUCCCUGGCAGCUAUGGCCAUCAGUGGGAUCCCAUGGUCACAUGGAAGCCACAUGAGUACGAUUUUUAUUAGAAAGAAAUUACUGUCCAUUUAGAUGCUUCAGUUGCACUCUGGAUUGUUUGUUGAUUUAUAAAUUAAUAGACCCCUGGGCACACACACACCUCUUCACUCACCAGAGGAACACUUGCAUUAAUUGGCUCAGCAGAGGGUCUCUGCAGUUGCCUAGGCUGCUUGAGGAUUAUGCUAGGCGAGUCCCUUGAGUGCUCUGACAGGAAGUCCACAGUGAUAAUGCGAUGGUGCUGGAUCCAGACAUCCCCAUCUCCCUGUGUUCCAAGCCGAGCAUGAGGUAAAUGGAAUAGCUUGUUUAUGCUCUCCUCCGGCUGUAAGGAAGAUCCCUCUAAAAGUUGUUGGUGAUUUGAUAUCCAUGAGAUAUCAAAGGGCUACUUCAGGGUUCUUAAAAUUAUCUACUUGCUGACAGUGUGCUGAAACUUAUCAGGUUUAUGUAAUAUUGCUACUGUUUUUUUGCAGGCAGAAUGUACGUGUGUGGAUAUGAAUUUAAUUUGAUCUCUUAAAUUUCCUACGUAGGAAAACCAAGUAUGCUCAGAUGGUUAAAGCUACGGUCAGAUACAGAUGGGGAAUUCAGACAUUCUGAACCUGCACAUUCUAAUUAAUUAAACCCAUAGCAUAUUUUAUUUUUUUAUUUUAAGUAAAUCAGCAUCUGUAAGGUAAUUGUCUGUGCAGCAAGACUAGAUAUUGGUCCCUGGAUCCCUCACCACUGACAGCAUCUCCAGCCUCUUUCGUUUUUGUUUUGGUUUGUUUUGUUUUGUUUGAGUCUCACUAAGUAGCAGCUCACUCGUGUGCCUCAGGUAGACUGAGUUUAGGAUCCCUCUGCCUCAUCUCAUCUUCCUGAGUGGCUGUGAUUUCCUGCCUGAGCAUCACGUCAAAGUGCUCUUCAAAGUGCGUGACUUCCCCCAACCUCCUUUUUUUUUAAUUUGUGUCCAUUUGACUGAACAGGAAAAAAAAAAAGUAAUUCAUCUGUGGGUUUUUUCUGUUUUAACAUUUUCUACAGUAAGAUCAGAGUAUGAGUAUGGUUAGUUUUAUCAUCAUGCCACAGGUCUUCAAGAGCACCUUCCAACACUGUGUAAAUAGAGAAUGUUGAUGACCAUGAGAAAUCCCCAGUAAACCUACUGUCAAGAGCCUGAGACACAGGGGUGCACAUCUGUAAACCCAACACCGGGGAAGCAAAGGCAUGCACUUGAUGUCUGUCCUGUUGUGUGAGAGACUGGGUCUAAAAUAUAAAUAAAAAUAGAGGGGAAACAAAGGACCAGAGAGUACCAGACACUUCAUUGGAAUUGGCAACUUUAUUCAUCUAGGAAACCAAGAGCUAAAUACAAUAUAGUCUAGUGAUAGACUCAAAUAUGAGGACCAACCACUGCCUCCUACCCACUGUCUCUUCUAUUGUCAUCUGCAACUCGCCGGAGUCCUUCAGUCUCUGCAGAUGCACACCACUGCACUCCACGUGUCUCAGGAUUCCCGGGAGGUGAACUUAUGACCUCGUCCUUAAACGGCCAGAGCUCGCUGAGUUACAUUCCAGUCCCACAUGCACAGCUCUCCCAUUACACUGAUUUGUUCUUAUUCCCUGAAAAGUUUUAGAAGAAAAUCAAAAUAUUCCAGGAUGACCGAUCAUUAAAAAGUCUUGAGUAAUGUCAAGGUGACCCUGGGAGAGCCCUGUUUUAGGCCAUGAGCUGCUUCGGCUUCAUUCAGAUAGCAGCACGCAACUGAUACACUGAUUAUGGUUUACUCUACCAUAAUGGAUGCUAAAUCAGAAGUAUACAUGUAUGAAAUCAACCUAUAACAAAUUAUUAGUAAUUUCCUACUAAUUCGAGUCAUGAUCAGGCUCUAGCAAGAAGGUUCAGUGGGUAAAAGCAGUUGCCAAGGAAGCCCGAGGUUCUGUGCUCAAUCCCAGGCAGCCUCAUCGUAGAAGGAGAGAAAUCAGAUGCUGAUUUUUUUCUUUUGUUCUGCACAUGUACACCAGGGCGCCCUGCACACUUGUAUUCACCAACACACAUGUGCACACUUGCGCUCACACAAUUAUAUUACAAUAGAUCUUGAAAAUCAUAUUAGCAUCACAUUAUAUCCAGGUUUGGUCAUUCAAAUAAGUUCACACAGCAAAAAUUGCAUGACUCUUACCUUCACACUGACUGCUGUGGUCAUCACCCUCACUGUGAUCAAGCCAACACCUGAACUCUCAAGUUUCAGAGCUUUUCAACCAUCUCCCAUCUCAUCUUGGCCAUGUGUUAUUGCCCUGAGAGCUCAAAAAGGCUCUGUUAAAAACUGUUUUCUUACAAAGACAUAAAGACAUGGGGCUUAAUUUUUUUCUUUGUUUUUUGUUUGUUUGGGUUUGUUGUUGUUAUUGUUGUUGUUGUUUGAGAUAGGGUUUCUCUGUGUAGCCCUGGCUAUCCUGGAACUCACUCUGUAGACCAAGCUGGCCUCGAACUCAGAAAUCCACCUGUCUCUGCCUCCCAAGUGCUGGGAUCAAAGGCGUGCACCACCACUGCCCAGCUGUGGCUUAAUUUUUACAAAGAGCAAUGAAACAUCAAUGACUAGAAAGUCACUAAAAUGUAUUUAGUUUGAAGUUCCUAACAUCAACUACUUUAGGAAGGAAUAUAACACAACUAUUUUAAAAUUCUAAUUUUGUGGUUACAGUAAAAGCCUGUAGCCAUACAGUACUCACCUUACCAAGCACACCAGGUUAUCCACCCAGACCAGCUGCAAAGUCUCAGAACCUCCUGGAGACUUUGGUCAGAGCAAUAGACAGUUUCAUCCACGGAUGAAAUCGGCAUGAAACUACCCGCUUCCUAAAGUUCAAGCUUUCCAAACACGUGAAGUCAUUUCCUGCUCGAUAUCACGGUAUUUUGUUUUAAACUGCAAGAGUCAUGUAUACUCACUGCACAAAAUCACCAAUGUAAACAUAAAAUACUGACCGAGUAACUCUUUAAUUGCCAAGAAUGAAUGCAUUUUUUCAUGUGUAAGUAUAAGUACAGAUAUAUACAUAUGUGUGUGUGCAUAUUACAUGGUCAAUGCUUUGACUGCAUAAAAACUUUUCUGACUCAAAAAUAUUAGGUAGUGGGACUGGAGAUCUGGCCCAUCAGUUAUGGACUGGCUGCUCCUGCAGAGGGCUGGGGUUCAAGCUACAGCAUCCACAUGGUAACCCACAACCACCUGGCACCCCAGUUCUAAAGACUUCAGUACACUUUUCUGGCUUUGAUGGGCACUAGGAACUCUUAUGGUACAAUACACAUGCACACAUGCAGACACUCACAGACAUAAAAGAGAAAUAAAUAAAUCUUUAUAAAUAUGUCUUGACAUGCCUUUCUUGCGGUCUAUGUCAAUUUAUAUAAAAUCAUCUUAGCAUUUGUACUUCUAGAAUAUAUUCCAUAGUGCAUGCAUACCUGUGCUCACACACAUGCACAUAAACACACAUGCACAUAUGCAUGCCUUACACAUAUGCACACACUCCAAAAACUGUACAUAUAAGCAUUUACAAGUGUAUAUAGAUGUACAUGGAUUUGAAUGUUUUAAUGGAGAGUUUGAGGAAAUAAGAUUUAAGGUUAGUUUUCUUUGACUUUAUUGCAAUAAACAAUAACUUGCUAAUACGAAGAUGCACCUCUACUCCCUGCCCCCCAUACUGCACAGAUCCUCUCUGUGAACAGAGGUGCACAGCCAUCUGUAGUCCACAGUCUCCUUGGGUCCCCACCAUCUGCAGUGUGUGAAUGAGAAAUAAAUUCUGCCUCAGGGAUAGGAGAUGCAUAGGCCUCUCGCACAUAAAUAUUUGAGUUUAGUUGAUGUAAAUCAUUGAAGAGGUGAAACUUCCCUAUGCAACCUCAGUAAACUGUCAAAUCAAUAAAUAUGUUAAGAGAGACAUUUCUCAAGAGAAGAUUUACAAGUUCUCACCAGGCAUAUUUAAAACGCUCCACACCACUAAUCACUGGAGAGACGGAACUGCAAACCACAGCCAUACAUCAUUUCAGCCCAGUUAAAAUCACUACUGACAAAAAAAUAGAAGAAAUAACAAAUGUUUAUGAGAAUGUUGUUGGCGGGAAUGUAAAUUGGUACACCCACUAUCGGGAACAGAAUGGAGGUUCCCCCGGAAACUAAAAAUAGAACUGUCAAGUGGCUCAGCUGACCUGAUAGUGUGCACGUAGGGGAGGAAAAGGGAACCAGUGUGUGUUAGAGACAUCUGCCUCACAACGUCAUCCUCCCUCCCUGGCUGUGUCCACCCUGAGUGAGAGGCAGAAUCUGCCUUGGUGCUUGUGGUGGGAUAAGUACAUAAAGAUGCUCUGGUGCAGACACACAAUGAUGCAGUCUUCCUGGUGUAUGCACACAAUGAUGCAGUCUUCCUUUGUACAGUGAAUGGAAUCCUGAAUGGAAGCAUUCUGGAUGAGUCUCAGAUACACCGUGUUAGGAGAAAUGAGUAGGGAGCAGAAUGGCAAACUCUGCAUCUUCUCACUGUGACAUCUGAGAAUGUUGGUCUUUUAGGGAGGGAGGCAAAAAUGGUGAGUCCCAGAGGCUAUGGAGGGCAGUAGGGAGAAACAGUGAGGACUCACGGAUGGGUGCAAAGGUUCAGGAAGUAAAAUGUUCUAGAGUUCUGUUGCACAACAGGACAGCAAUGCUGUUGGCCACAGUAUACUGUAUAUACUGAAUAUACACUGUAUAUACACUAUAUAUACACUGAAGAUACACUGUAUGUACUGUAUAUAGCAAAAGGAGUAGACAGGUGGAGUUUGAAGAUGUAUUUUUAUUUGUGUGUUUGUAUGAGUGUGUGUGUGUGUGUGUGUGUGUGUGUGUGUGCAUGCCACGUGAGUGCAGGUGCCUGCUGAGGCCAGAGUGGUUGGUUCCCCUGUAUCUGGACCUUCAGGCAUUUAUGUGUUCUGAGAAUAGAACUCUGAGCCUCUGAAAAGCCAGUGAACACUCCCAGCUGCUGAUCUGUCCCUGCUCACCCAGGCCAGGAUUUUGAAUACUCUUACCAGGAAGUAAAAGUUUGGGGUUGUCCGUAUGUCAAUUAUGCAAAUUAAUUGUAAUCCAAUGUAAUCAUUGCACUUUGGCCUGUGCAUUGGAAUGCCACAGCAUACUUCAUACACAUAUACAAUUAUGGAGAGUCAACUAAAAUUUUGAAAAAAAUGAAGUAGAAGUAAAUAGUUUACAAGUAGGAAUAUUGAAAAAUAUUAGGUAGAAAGCAAGUUAGUGACCAUUAGGGUCUUUCAGCUGUGAGUCACUGUAGUCCCUGGAGAAUAGGAGUAACAUUUUUCUUUCUUCUUCAAAGUCUAGAUCGCACUUCAUCUAUUGGACAUCCUCCCUAUGUCUCUAGCGAGAGCCACUUUUUCUAUGUGCAUAACCAAAAGGGGAUGUCUGAAGACCAUAAGACUACCCUAAGGCCCAAUAGCUCUGUGGAUGGAUCUUCAACAGUGGAACUUAAGUCGAAUUAUACUCUUCCCUAUGUUGCCUUGGUUAUGAUGUUUUAACACAGCGUUAUAAAGGUAAACAAUAAAAUCGGCAUCGGCAUAGAAAGAGAUGGUGAGGAGAACUGGGGCUAGCUCAGGUGGGCCUCUUGUGUGUGAUUUCACAAACCACAUAAUACCUUUAGGAAUGAAUGGAGACCACCUCACCUGGGUCAUGUUUUUUAAUCAAGGAAGCUCCCCCAUCCUUUGUAUGUGCAAGCUCUCCUGGAGAGUAAGGGGCUUGGACAUGUAGCAUGGAUCUGACUAAUAAUGAAAAUGACAGGCCCUACUAACAAAAGGUCACCAUACGCCCCAGGGCCUCCCAAGUCCAAAACGGCAUUUUCUAACUAUUUACCGCUCUAGUAAAUAAUCAGGCUCUGUAGAGGCAGUGCCUUAGGCUUAGCUAACCUGUUUCCUCGGAGGGAUCCCAGCAAGUUAGGAGGAGGCUUCCCUGUACCAGGCAAGCAACCGUGCUUAUGACAUGACCUGGAAUUUGGACAGUGCAGAACCAGACAACUCGCCCCUGCUGUGUUAUUGUUUGUACUUGUUUGUUUGUUUGUUUGUUUUGGUUUUUGGUUUAGUUUGAUUUUUUUCAUACUUUUUUAGAGACAGAACUAACAUGAAGUUGGGUGGAGAGGAGAAAGACUUUGAAGGAGUUGGAGGAGGAAAAAGAAUAUGAUCAAAGUAUAUUAUAUACAAUUUUUUUAAGUAAAAAAAAAAAGACCUUUGUUGGCAAGUUGUGGCAACAGCACAACCCAGUGUAACUCAAUACCCAAUUCCUUCAAAGACAAUGAAUUUGGAAUCCUCUGAAGAAAAACUGGGCCAAAUGAGAGUCAGCAGACAGUUCCAUGGACAGGUGGUUUAAUUCCAAUUGUUAGCAGCCCAGUGGUCACAGGCAGUAUGGAUAAUCCAGGAAACCAUCUAAAUGCUAUGUAAGUGACUGCCUGAUAAAGACAGCGUGGACCACCUCACUGUGUUUCUUUAGUGGAGGCUCCGAGGUGAUAGAAAAGGCUGGAGACAGAGCCCAGGGUUGCAAGAGGGAAGAGAGCUGAUGUGUAUUUGUCUACUGAACUAGAUUUCAGAGGAACGAGGUACCUGAACGAGGAAAUAAGGAAGAAGCCAAUUCCUUAAAAGUGGUUUUGAUCUACUCAGCAACAAAACAGACUUGAAAAGUGAUCAUUGAUUUGUUUUUUUUUUUUAAACUCUAUCUUCUUCUUGAGCUGAGGGAGGCUUCGUUCAUGAUGUUCUUAUAUAGGACAGGUGUUUGGUUGUGAGCCACCUUCUCUGGGUGCCUGGACCUGAGGUGGAAUGCUCUGGAUAAACAGCCUACACUCUUAACCAGCCAGUCCCAUCUUCAGAGCCAUCUUGAGUUCAAUUUUAUCUUUUACUCUUAAAAAAAGUUAUUGUUUAUUAAAACAAUUCAUUCAUUAAAAGCUAUAGGUUGUGAUGUGGUCAACUUCAAACCAAUUCAUUCUUGCAAAGUGUCUGAUAAGAGGUAGGCCAUGUUCUAAUAAAGCUCAUUUCUCUAUGUUCUUGAAUUUACAAACUCUUUAUCUAGUAGUAUACAUGCUCUAUGAAGUCUACAAACUCUCUGCCUAGUUUACAAACUUUAUGAAGUCUCCCAAGAGUAUUUUCUCUCACCUCUUUCAUCAAUGGAAGUAUUAGCUUUCCAUUGCACCUCUGACAGUGUCCACAUAGAAUAGAGGUGCUGAAAUUCAAUUAAGUCAUAUAAUAAACUUCUCUUUUUCUUUUUAGGAUUACAUAUCUAGUGCUAAAUCUUAAAAGCUGCCACUCAACUCUAGAUCUUUGACUGUAACAAAAACAUUACGUUAAUAUCAGGUCAUGCCAAGAGGGGAGGUGGGGGCUUGCAGACCCUGGGGCCUGUAAGGAAACUCUCUCCAUUCCUGCCCAGUGUUCACUGACACCAAACCUGCGUUGUGAUGCUCUGGUGAUAGACGGAAGCCAGGAGUUAUUGACAUUAAUGGAUGUUUAGCAUCCUGAUGCUCUCCUGUGUGUCUGCCCCUCCUCCAUGCUUCUCCUUUCUGUCUCUUUGCCAUGGUAUUGGUAAAACCUAAGAUGUAACCAGCGGAGGAUACAUCUCCUGCCAUGUGGCAAGCACGUGCCUCACCAGGCUCAUCCCUUCGUGUGUGUGCCCCCUUGGCUUGGCUAGCAGUUCCCUUCCUUGUGUAGUGCUGCCUCCCUGAGCUUUGUCUCCACACUUGCUGGGUGGAGACAAGAUUAACCUCUGCUGGAAACUUCCUGUGGUCCCCUCUGUUCCCAGGGGUACUCUAUUUCUUCGACAGUGGUAGCUUUUUUAGACUAUGCCAAGUCUUAUCUGGUUAUUUCCCCUCCCCUCAAACUGAUAUUUUCCUGGUGUAGGAUGUCUUAUGCUUCACUUUCUCUACUAUCACAUCUGAAAGGAAAAUAGUACCUAGGGGUGGUUUGCGAAAUGAGUAGGGGAACACAUCCUUCUUGGAUUUGGCUUCCUCUCUGCUUCUCUUCGGAUUUUGAAAAGGCAGGAUAAGGGUACAGGGUGUGAGCUUGGCUCUGAGGCAACCAGAGAGUAUCUGUCAGGCAAACAAUGCAGUUUCCACAACCUAAAAGAAUUCACAGACAGAAUUAAAGAGGAGAGGUGGGAGCAGCACCUGUGUUUACAUUUGGAAAUGUGUUUUAAAGAGAUCCAUAGUCUUCAGUUGCUGGAGUAGAAAAGCAACUGUGAACAGAGAUUGCCAAAGACAAAUAAAUAAAUUAAACCGCAGGAUGCUCAGAAAGUGACUGGUUGUGAGGUUCCUUUAAGGAAAACAAAUAUUAAACCAUUUGUGUAACCAACUCUUAGCUUUCUGUCUUCCUCUGCUCUUAUUUGUAAUUGGCCACUUGGCCUUAAACAGUAAGUGUAUUGUACUGACUUCGGAACCCAUGUGUAUGUAGGGUUUUAAUUUAUCUUAGAUUUCAAAAGUUACACUUACCUUUCCUGUAAAUGUUUACAUACCACCUCAAAGAUCUAUUAGGAUAAGACUUUAUUCUGAGAAUGUGGGAACUCAGAGCAGAAAGCAAGCCUGCCUCUUAGCAGCCUGUGACCGUGGCCCUGGGCUCACUAUGGUGCUGACACAAUCAAAAGCAACCGGCCUCUUAAAUUGGGCCAAAGCCAGUGCUGGUUACGAUGUCUGAAGUCUCAAUCCCUCCAGCUCGCAGCAGUUGGCUUAUUUGACAUCCAGGUCAUCUGAGAGCAGCUUCUCUUCCUGGUCAGUGGAUGUUGGUAUGACCUUCAGUACAUAACCUCACAGCUGUGAGUUUUAGUUGUGUGUUUUCGAUUCUUCGCCAACAGAAGGAACAAUUUAGAUCAAAAAAAGCCUUGACAGUCCUUCCCAAUGCUAAUCUUCUAUGCAUAUCUUUAAGGUGUCUGAUGCAAGCAGAGGUUUUAGUUAGUCAGACUGUUGGGAUGGAAAUGUCUUUAAGCCAGCAUUUAUCCAACUUCAGUGGGAAAGCUGAGUCAUGAAACAUCUACCCUAAAGCCGGAGCUUUUCUGCUUGAAAGCCUCCUUCAGGCAACGGCAGUGAACAACUCAUCAAACAUCUAGCUAACUAACCAAAGUCAGGGUCAUUUGCUCAACUUCUCUGUGGCAAUGGAGUCUUCUGAGCACUGAGCACCAUGGGAAAAGACUCCCUGUCAGAUCUCAGCUCUUUGAUGAGACCCAUCCCUCUCCUAUAUAUCAUGAUUUUAAAUAUUAUUUCUGGAAGACAUCAGCAGGUGAUUGGACUUACUGUGUAUGCCACAGUUUUCCCACACAGUUGAAGUCUAUGAAGUUCUCUAAACAAACCAAUAAGAAAUUUCAGACUCAGAGGGAAAUUGUAGAGCCAAGAAAACAUUGUUUACUAUCACACACACACACACACACACACACACACACACACACACACACACACACAAUAAACCUUUUCUUAAAACCAAAAAUGAUGGGACUAUUUACUCUGUAAAGUAUAUUCUAAAAUGGCAUAGGACCAGGCAAUACUGCUUGAAAUUCUGAAAUGUUACCAGACAGAAAGAGACCUAUACUCAGACAUGGUAAGACUAAUCUAGAUGACUUCCUGAUAAUUCUUAGUAAUAACUUCUUAAAUUAGAGACAAAAGAGAUUUGCUUGUAUUAAAAAAACAAAUCUUGUAUAUAAAUGAUAACUGUCAUGGCCAAAUCUUGGUAAGAGAAUUAAUUCUCCAAGGCCACUGGUGAAAUCACAUUUUAGCAGAAACAUGCCUUAUACUUGAGCUUUGUGCACUAAGUGCAGCAUCCAGAGAGGAGGCUCCAGCGUAGUCUUCAUCUCCUGCUUCCUAGGUUGCCAUGCAGAAGGUACCUGUGCCUGUCGCUGACUGCACUGCUCGGCACAAAUGUAAACCACUGUUGCUAGCAGUUAACACUGAGUAUUCUUAGUUGUUAAAACUUGGAAAUGGCAAAAAAAAAAAAAAAAAAAAAAACAAAAACAAAACAAAACAAAACAAAAAAAAAAACUUGUAGGUAAAUGGAUAAGUAAACUUUGGUCCACGCAGACAAAAGAAUUAUUUAUUGUAAGAAGAAAUGCUAUCAGGUCACAAGAAGGCAUGGAGGCAUGCCUUUAAUGUGUAUUCCUCAGAGAAAGGCCAAUCCCUACAGUCUACAUGCUGUAGGGUUCUAACUGUAAUAUUGCUAGAAUAAAAAAAAAAUUGGUAGAGACCAUAAAUGCAUUGGAGAUCACCAGGAGGCAGAAGAAUGAGAAAUGUGUGUGUCAAAUAUCAUACAUUUUUAGUACAUAAAAAAAAAACAAACAAAAAAACAAACAAACAAACAAAAAAAAACGGUGGGAGAAAAAGAAAAGCCAGAGUGUGUCUCUUCUUCUUUAGCUCACACACUGGGGAAUUAAUAAGGCUUUGCUCUGAGUGGUCUAAUUCCCAAAGGACUGGGACAUGGUACUCCAUGCUAAAGCUGUACAGUUGUCUCACCUCAUGUACAUGCUUCAGAAGUAGGCUGGUAAGUUAGUAGGGGGCAGGAAAAGCUAGGAGACCCCAGAGUUUGCUCUCUCCCACUCUCUGAGGAGUCCUGAUGGCUCCAUUAGUCCUACUGAUGGCCUCUGUCCAGUUCUAUCCACAGCCUGCUUGCUGGCAGGCUGGGACGACCCUGCAUCCUGGUCUCUGUGCAGGAGCUCUGACCCAACUUCCAUAUUCAGGGUCUGCUUUGAUGAGUGUUUGCCCCCUCUGGGUUUUCACUGCCUCCAUGGGGCAAUUGGCUUCAGAAGGUCCUUGUCCUUCCGUGUAAGCCGUGUAAACCAUUGAAAUCCAGUGUCAUUUCCUGGGCUGUGACUCACAGCCCAUCUGGCAAAUCAGGAGCUGAAAUAUCAUCCCCAGGACACAGAGUAUUUAAAUUUUAACUCAUCAUUUGAGAUACACAUGGCCAAUUCAGAACCUAUAUUUUUCAUUAGUUAAAUAUUUAGUAUUGGCAACAUAAAUUUGGAUUCUUUCAUCUCCUUGCAAAUUAUCUGUUUAUAACGAUUAGUGGUGCUAAUGAGGCUGGCAAUAAACAGGCUUCCUCUCAACUCCCAGCUCCAAUCAUCUUUCCAUGUUAAGCCAGUUAAGGCCCCUGCAGGCUGGAUAAUUCCCCCCAGGUGCCCCUAAGAAGUCCCAGGCACGGGGCUUGUCACAUUCUCUAUUUCCCCGCUUCAUGGACAUGCCCACACCAACCUAGUCCAGGGAGUCAGAACUCCUGCUCUCCUUACAGCACUUCCUCCCUUGCUGUUGCCCUCCCCAUGUCCUGCAGCACAAGGGGAGCAUCUAACAUCUCAGCCUUCAGCCUUCAGGCUUCCCUCUGCCAUCUCCAGUUGUCUCCCCAGUCACUGCUAUCAUUCUGUCCACCUUCUCCCCACCACCGUGCUCAGGCUCAAUCCUCAGGGUACUAUGAUGGGCGUUUUGUUCUUGUUUGCUCUUGUUCAGACAGACUCAUUCUCCAUCUCCUUACCCAUUCCUCUUGCUUUUACCACGUCUUCGGGCUUCCUCUUGCUUUUUCCACAUCUUCGGGCUUCCUCUUGCUUUUUCCACGUCUUCCGGCUUCCUCUUGCUUUUUCCACGUCUUCCGGCUUCCUCUUGCUUUUGCCACAUCUUCCAGCUUCCUCUUGCUUUUACCACAGCUUCCGCUUUCCUUUUGCUUUUUACCACUGCUUCCGGUGUGCAGAGUUUUCAACUCUCCUCUGUCACCUGCCCUACUGUGAGCAUCAAUUCUGACCUUUCUCUACAAGGAGCAUCAACUGGAUGGAAGCACUGGCUGUGGUUUCCCAAUGGUGCACAUGGCAGAAAGCUAGCUGUCAGUCCCACUGUCUAGACAAUCUUAUUCCUGUUUAUACCACCUCUUCUUUGUUGCCUCUCAACCUCCCCCUCCUUUGAAGAAAAUCAAACCCAUCAAACUUGACUCAUCGAUGUGGCAUGGUGUGUGCAGGCACUCCUGUACUGACAUCCUUGCCUCAUGACCAGGGUGGGUUCAGAUUUGGGGUAUCUCUGCUCCGUAUGUAUAAAUGUAGAGUUAAUAGGCCCUACCUCAUAAGAUUAUCAGGAGAGUAUUUCAGGGACUAAGAGUAAUGUGUAGCAUAGAUUAAAGGCUAGAUGAAUAGCGAUUAUUAUCAUUAAAUUCAGCUUUGCUUCUUGGCCUACGUUUCUAGCUCCACUUUCUCUCUUACAUCCUAAGGCAAGAUAUCUCAAGCUACAAGAUUGUCACAUGAGAUUCAACAAAGUUAUCGUCACCUGCUUCUAGAAAUUGCUGUAUAUUGCCUCUGCAGGAUUUUCAAGGUGCUGAAUACCCUACCUCAGGCGUUUUGCUGGAAGCCUGUCAAUCACUUUUAAUUUCUUCCCCUCAUUGCCCUCCAAAUAUACCCUCUUCAAUGUUACCUCUUCCUUUCCUGUCCGUGGUAUUCUGCAUUCUCACAUUGUCAAUAACAAGGUCAGGCUACUUUCCCUUGUUUAGGCUAUUGGGAAGCCUGUAACCUGGUCGCCCUUCCCUGGUCCACCCAACACCCAACACAAUCUGCAGAUGAUUGCCCCUGCAGCCAUGUGAGAUGCUGACUGUGCUAUUCUGAUCUGCAGGCACACAACAUGUGAGGGUACACACCAGCCAGGCGGAGGCCUGUCAGCUCCAGUUAUGUCAGCUUUGAAAGCUGAAUGCCUGCCUAGUGUUGAGGACAAGGUGACCACACAUUUCUGUGAGACACUAACAAGGAUUCAGUUUAUUGUGGUAUUCACAGACAUUGAACCUUACAAAGAAACUUCCAGGCUCCUUCUAUGCACAUAGAUACAUCCACUCUGUGUUCAUAAGUGCUUUGUCACCCAAGGGAACUCCUGGCACCUAAGACUGCUCCUGACAGGUGACAAUUCUGUUUCUCAAAUGGUUGUGCAGAGGAAAUGGUUAAGUGGACAAACACACACAAGACAAAGCAUAUAGUAUGGCGCAUAAACAUUGAUUAGAAACCAGACAAAUCUCUCGGGCAUGAUCUGUCACAUACACAUCUGACCUCUUCCCAGGACGAAGUCAAGCUUAUGCUAAAGUACUGUGACUUUGUUCAAAGUAAUUAGCAUGCCCCUUGCAAACCACACUCCACCUCUACUACUUAAGAAAGAUCCUGACACCUCUAUGUUCCUAAAGGAUUAGAAACAGUUAUGGGUAACGUUCACAUUCUCUUUAAUAUGUUGUAUACACUUGUUUAUCUCUCUCCCCCCUUCCCCUUCUCCCUUACACUUCCAUUUUCUUUUUUCCCAUUCUUCCUUGCCUUCUCCCUACUUUCUCACCUCUAUUUCUUGUGUGUGUUAUUUUCCCUUCCUUCUUUCAAUUUAGCUCUCCUUUUCCUUCCCUUCCCUCUUCUCUCCUCCUUCCUUUUCCUCCCAUCCCUUCAUCUCUCCUUCCCUUUCCUUCCCUUCUCCUCCCUUUCCUUUUCCUCCCUUCCCUUCCCCUCCCCUCUCCUCCUCUACUUUCCCUUUCCUUCCCCUCCCCUCCCUUCUCCCCACUCCUGUCUCUUUCCUACCCUUCCCUUCCCCUCCCUUUCCUUUUCCUCCCUUCUUUUGCCCUCCCAUUUUUCCCUCCAUUCCCUUCUGCUCCCCUCCUCUCCUUCCCCUUCCUUCCCUUCCCUCCCCCUUCCCUCCCCUCCCCUUCCUUCCCCUCACCUUCCCUCCCCUCACCUUCCUUCCCUCUUUCUUUUCUCCCUCUCUCCUUUCAUUUUCUUCCUCCUUUCUUUCUUUUACUUUUCCUCCUUCUUGUCUAUCUUUUCUAUUUCAUUCCUUCUUUCUGUGAAAUCACCUCUUGUCAUUGUCUCAUAGUUAAUGGUUGGUCUCAGCACAAGUUGACAGAGAACAUCUGAAAUCAAUCCCUAGCCAAGAGCUACAGGCAGAACUAUAUCACAUUCAAAGGCAAGCUGGAUGGAGAACUCAAGCAAGAGUAGAUUACCUGACUAAGAAUCAUGGCAGGGCUAAGAACCCAUCACAUGCAUAAGUAAAAACACAAACUCAUGCCAGAGGAGCUGCCGGGGGGUGAACACAAGAUGUGGGUUCAAGACAGCACCCCUCUGUAAUUAGAUGAGCAGACCUCACACCCUUAGAAACAAACAUUAGCUACAGAACCUGCUAAAUGUCCCUGGAGGCAGAGGUUUGCAAACUGCCCAGUCAAGGGCAGCUAGGGAGAGCCUGCACUCUCUCAGCAAGAUGGCAGAUGAUUAGCUCUGAUGACACAGGCUGUACCUGCUGGAGGGCACCUUCAUGACUGAACUUUGAUAUUGGAUGUCUGGCUUCAAGGGCAGGCAAGUAGAUUUGACAGAUUACUCAAUGUUGAGCAGGACAAAUCACAGUCUACUACUGGUACUUGGUUGGACCACUCGGGUCCAUCUUUUUCUUCUGUCCAUUUCUGUGUUACAUCCCUGUGAGAUGGACAUGCUUCUGACAGACCUCUGAGGAAGCCAGAGCAAGAACUAAAAGAGGCAAACUGUGAGUGGUGCUUUGGGAAUUGUUGAAGUCCAACAAAAGCUGACUCUCAUACUGAUUACAGUGAAUGAGUGAAUCUGGCCAGUAUCAAUGAUGUUCCACAGUGUCUGACCCUGUUUGGCUGGGAAGAAGAGGUAGGAAAUUACCCCAACGUGCACCUGAGUAAGGCCUCUCUGUAAAGGAAGAGGAACCAGACAGUGGGAGGAGCCAGCAACUUGGAAAACAAAUCUUUGAUGUGGCUAUAUUUACUAUAGUCUAUUGAUGCCUUAACCAGCCGUCUCACGAAGCCAGAAAGAGGGGAUGGGAAUGUUCGGAUAUAGGGUGACAGCUGGGCACAUGGAUCUAAGUAGCAUCUUGUUCACAGGACAAAUGAUGGUUUCACAUCUACAAUGUGUCAGAACCUCUGCUAAGUACUAAGCAUGAAAGGAUGGGACACUACCCACCAUCUUGACUUUAAGGCAAGAUCUAUUGGCUUAAUACUCACUGUCCUAGUUAGGGUUUCCAUUGCUGUGACAAAUCACUGACCAAAAGUCAAGUUGGGGAGGGAAGGGUUUGCUCUACUUACACUUCCACAUUGCUGUUUAUCAUCAAAGGACGUCAGGACAGGAACUCAAGCAGGACACGAUCCUGGAGUCAGGAGCUGAUGCACAAGCCAUGGGAGGAUGCUGCUUGCUGGCUUGUUUCCCCUGGCUUGCACAGCCUUUUUACUUAUAGAGCCCAGGACCACCAGCCCAGGGAUAGCACCCCCCACUAUGGGCUGGGUCCUCCCUCACUGAUCACUAAUUGAGAAAAUGCCUUACAACUGGAUCUCAUGGAAGAUUUUCCUCAACUGAGGCUCCUUCCUUCCUGAUGACUCUAGCUGUUCUUGCAGUGGACACGGUAAGCUUGCAAAACAAAGUAGGUGAUGAGGAUUUGCAAUGGGUUCUACUUAAGCCUCUGAAACAUCUUUAGUUCUCAUUUCUACAUGUAAAUAAGAAAAAUAAAGGGACAAAAGAUAAAUUGUCACUGGGGAAUGAACACCAUUUUUAUGAUGCCAUCUUUGGUGGCUGGGGAGAUGGCUCAGAAGGUAACAGUGUUUGCAACUCUUUCAUAGGAUCCGAUUUGAUUCCCUGUACUCACAUCAGGUAGUUCACACCUGCCCAGGGUUGGGGAUCCUGCUCUUCCAGACAGCUUGAGCACUGCACCCAUGUACACAUCCCACAUUCACACAUGCAGAUGCAUAAUUAAAAAUAAAUACUAGGAAAAAAUAUGACCUUUGAGAAAACAAUGCCAUUUCCAGAAAAUUGGCAUUAGAGAAUAAAUAAAUUUGCAUAAUAAUGUUUGGUCAUGUGGAAGGAAUUAGAGGUGUGACCUUGUUGCAGGACAUGUGUCACUGGGUGCAGGCGUUGACUUUUCAGAAGCCCAAGCCAGGCGUCGUGUGUCUUUCUUUCUGCUGCCUGUGGAUCUGGAUGUAGAAUUCUCAUCCACUUCUCCAGCACUGUGUCUGCCUGCAUGCGCCCAUGCUUCCUGCCAUGAUGACAGUGGACUAAACCUCUAAAUUGUAAGCCAGCCCUAAUUAAAUGCUUCCCUAUAUUAGAUUUGCUGCUGUCAUGGUGUCUCAAGUAGAACAAUGACUAAGACAGUAUAUGAAGGUGCACUGUACCAGUAGUAGUGAGAUGGACAGAAUCACUUCAAUAGACUAUAUUGAAUCUGAUGUAUAUUGAGUAUAAAAUACAUUGGCUAUAUUGGACAUAAUGUAGUAACGCAUAUACUGUCUUAUAAAACCAUGGUGUAGGAUAAUAAGGAUAAAGAUAAAAUGACAGAUUUGUGGAAUUUAAGCAUGCUCAGACCCAGGAAAAUGAAGGUGAGGUGCUUGCCCAGUUGAUGGUUUCCUGCUGGUUCUCAUACUGGUGCUGUUUAACACAGUCUUCUGAUGUCUGUGAAAUAGAAAUGUUAAAUUCCAACCUGUCAGUUACCUACCACCCAGAAGAGUGAUAUGAAUGCUCACAGGUUGUUCUGCCUGCAUGUCUAUGUUUCGAAAGGAUUAGAACCCUGUUGAAAAUUCAUUGUAUAAAACAAUAUUUCUAAGUUAAAAUGCACAGUAGAGGAAAGUAUCAAGCAAAACUCCUUUUCAAAAUCAAUCAUAAACUGAACAUUUUUGUUAUUUUCUUACUGAGAGAUUCUGGUGAUUUUUCCAUGGAUAAAGAAUAUCCCAAUUUUAUAAUCAUCUUUUACAUCUGCAAUGUGUCAAAGUAUUAAGUCAUGUGCAGAAAAGCAGGAAGAAUAUAAUUACAGAAAAUGAAACCUGUAAAGAAUUCAUUGGGGGUGGUUAAUAUGAAUAAGCCUCAUGUCACUAAUAAAAUUGGAACCUGCAAAUUUAAAUAUAUUACCAGAAGAAUUGCUGAAAUUAUGCUAAGCACACACUGGAAAACAAUUUAAAUAUCACUAUUUAAAUAUUUUCCAGGACCCUUUCUCAUGAAUUCUAUGACAGAAACCUACAAAUGUCUAUUUAGAACUGGUUUCUGAGACCUCCUAAGGGCUGCUGGUGUUUCAUCACAAAUAUGGCAAGAAUGAACUCAGAGACAAAGUUUUGUGCAGACAGACCACAAACUUUGACUAGUAGCUGAACAUAAUUGUAAAUAAAAUAGAAUUUAAUAAGAACCUUUUUUAAAAUAUGUGGACAUACAUGUAAAUGAAUUAUUUUUCUUCCACUAACAGAUGUACACAUUUAAAUUUUGGCUGUGAUUUUCCUAAUGACAUUUUAACAAAUAUUUUUCUAAAAGCAAAUUUACAACUCUUUAACAAUUUAAACCAUCAAAAAAAUCCCAUCUCUUCUAUACAAAUUAUCUGCAUAUAGUAAAAUUUAUUUUAAACAUCACUGCUUUAAUAUUUUGCUUAUAUGCCCCAUUAUAAAUUCUAGUUUUCAUAUGUUUUUAUAGGAAUCACUUUACUUUUAUUUUUAUUGUUAAUUGUGUGUGUGUUGUGGAGUUUGUGUGUGCAUGUGCAUAUGCAUGAGAGACAGAGAGAAAGAGAGAGAGAGAGUGAGAGAGAGAGAGAGAGAGAGAGAGAACCUAGCAUUAGCUUUAACUCCUCAAACCCAAAUCCAGUGACACGCUGCCUCCAACAAGACCACACCUCCUAAUCCUCUACAUCCUUAGAAAGUGUUUCACUCUCUGAUGGCUAAGCAUUCAAAUAUCUGAGUCUACAUGUGGAAGAGGGGCUCUCAUUCAAACUACUACAUUCCACAAACUCGUCCCCAUAUGCUUGUAGCUAUAUCAUAAUGUGAAAAGCAUUCAGUCCAACUCCAAAAGUCCCCAUAGUUUAUCACAGUCUCAACACUUUAAAAGUCCAAAGUCUCUUCUGAGACUCAUGGCAAUCUCUUAACUAUAAUCCUCUGUAAAAUCAAAAUCAAAAUGUACUUAGCAGACUUCUAUCACACAAUGGCACAGAAUACACAUCUCGAAGGCCAUGCAGUGACACAUUUUCUCCAGCAAGGCCAUGCCUUCUAAUCCUUCCAAUCCUUCCACACAGUUCCACUCCUUGGUGACUAAGUAUGAAAACAUAUGAGCCUGUGGGCACCACUCUCAUUCAAACCUUAUCUUAUCUUAUUUUGUUAAAAUAUGAGUGGCCUUAAUAUUUUUCCUAAAAAUAGUAAAAGCCUUGCAAUGAAAGUUGGUCAUGGCAUUGGUUCUGUAGGUGUGUAAAUUAUGUGUGUCUGUUCUUGUGGGUGUGAGUACAUACGAUACUAUAAUGUAUGUGUCCCUGUGCACAUUUGUAGGCCAGCUUUGGGCACUAUUCCUUCUAUGUUGUCCACUUUGAUAUUUGAGACAGGGUUUCUUAUGGGACUGGAGUCCACUAGGUGGGCUAGGCUGGCAGACAAGUGCAUCCAAACACUGCACUUGGCUGCUUCUCUCUGCCAGUGCUGCCAUUGCAAGCAUUCAGCUCCAGGCCCAGCUUCUUGUGUGGGUGCAAGCAAUAUAACCUAGAUCUUCCCAUGCAUACAGCAGGCUUUGCACAGUGAGCCGUCUCCCCAAGCCCUGUGACACUCCCUUUAAUUUUGUUUUAUGCUUUCUCACUCUCAGAAAACUGGGGCAUCUUUAAUAUAUUUGUCUUUAAUUUUUUAUUUGCUGGGGAUCAUGUGUGACAUUUGUGGGGUCAGAUGUGGGAAGUGAUUUCUUCUCCCACUUUGUAGGUUCUAAGGGUCAAACUCAGGUUUCUGGGUUUGGAAACAAACACAUUUAUCUGCUGAGACAUCUCACUAGCCCUCUAUCUGCUUUGAAGUUGUUUUCUAAUUAUGAUUUUAACUUUGCUUACCCAAAACGGAGCUUUCCAUGUUAGCAAUAUGGUGAGACGGUAUAGAAUCUUUAGAAAGUUAAAUAUUAAAUAGCCCCAGUUUAAGAGUUUAAAAUGUUGCUACAAAUUAGGACUGAAACUUAAAUUUUAAAGAAUCCCAAGAAAUAUUUAUGUGGUAUGUUUCCAAGUAAAAGAAAUAGAAGCUUAAGAAUAGUGCUCAUUUGGAAGCAGACACUUUCAGAAAAUAAUAUUUGUUCUUACUUUCACACACAUAAUUAAAAACAUGAAAUGAUGAGUUCAGGAUUACAUUUCCUCCCUCUGACACAGGGGACUUUCCUUUGCAGAAAUGAUUCGGGUUGGUCGUACAGCCUUUGUCUCCCAUUAAGCAGAGUGACAGUUAACCUUCGCUGUCAACCUGACUGGAUUUAGGAUCACAGGAGACAUAGCUCUUCAGGGGAUUGACCAAAGAGGAAUGCACUCCUUCAUGUGGGUGGCAUCAUCCCACGAACCAGGUCCUAACUGAACGCAGUGACAGAGGAGGAGGCUAGGUGACCUCUGCUUCCUGCCUAGGGCCUUGCUGAUCUACAGCCUCAGGAUCCCCAGAGACACACGCAGCCAUGGCCACACCUACCCCAGAUGCGCUGCUGCAUCCUGAGCUGUCAAUCAGGACAAACACUCCCUCAUUUUAACUGCUUUUGUCAAGAUUUGACCACAACCACAGAAAAAGUAACUAAGAAAAAUCAGGAUAAAGACUUCCUUGGGCCAGAUGACUCAUACAUGCCCCUACAUAAGUGUAGAUAUUCCAUUUGUUUAUAGAUUAUUGAUUGUUAAACUGCUGGCUUUAUGAACUUAUGAAAGUCAGAGAGAUGUAAAGUCUCAGUGUGUGUCAGGGAUCAUCUGUGUAGUGUGGAUCAUGUUCACAUCUGUGUAGUGUGGAUCAUGUUCACUUCUGUGUGUGUGCGUGUAUGUGCGUGCAUGUGAGUGUGUGUGCACGUGUGUGUAUGUGUGUUUGUGCAUGUGUGUGUGUUGUAUGCGCGUGUGUGUGCAAGUGAGUAUGUGUGUGCGUGUGCAUGUGUGUGCAUGUGUGUAUGUAUGUGUGUGUGCAUGUGUGUGUGUGUCCUACCUACAUUCCAAUAAUGUAGGUAGGAAUCAGAAGUCAUCACUUAUGAUGAGGAGGCACUUACCAAAUCAGUCACAAGCAUUCUUGAUUUGCCAGGAUCACUGAACAUGAUCCCUUCUACACGGAUGGAGAAACAGUGUCAUGUUUGCUUGUCGUCACCCUGGGCCAGGAAGAACCAAAUCUUUCGUGUGGAUUCUCACUUCAGCAGCACGGGCUAACAUGAAUUUGGCAAAUGUAUCUAUUUUCAAAACACAGAAACUGGAGGGAAAUGUCUGUGAAGGCCCUGAGAAUCUUCUGAGCAAAAAUCAUGAAGCUCUGUUAAGAAGCAGGGCUAGAGGAUCAGAGCAGGUCUACUGAAAUGGUAUGAGGGCCAAUGUUCUGGGCCACUUGUGCCUCAGGACCCCCAGGUACUCAUGUAGCCAAGAAACAUAGAGCAAACCCAGGGAAAGGGACCCUCCAGUCUUUCUUGAGAAAGGCCCUUGUGUGCUACACCCACCAAAUUUACACACUUUAUGGCUUUCUGGUUGACAUCAUCUGUCGUGGGUGUCUUCCUGGAAGUAAAUCUCAAACUGAAGUCCAGAAAUUAAAUAGUUAAAGCUAGAGGUGAUGGGUUAACUAUUAAUAACACGUAUUACUUCAAGUAGAAAACAACUUCAAGUAGAAAACAAACCUAUAACUUCAAGUAGAAAACAAACACAGUUGUGAACUUCAUGAGGAGACAAGGUUCCUAACAGCAGAUGCACAUUCAGAAUAGUCCCGAAGCUACUCAGGAAAGUGCAUUGUCACCAAAGGUAGCACUGACAGACACACCAUCCCUCAGAUGAACCCGCAAAGCCAUCCUGAGCCUGCAUCUUCAAAGCAGAAAAAACAUCAGCACUUUUAAAGCAUCAAAUUGUUAGUUUUAAAAGAAAUAGGUAUGACAAGAAACUGUGGUAAAGGACAGUCACAGGAAAAAAAGAAGCACUGUCAAUUUCAGCCUUAGCAGGACAGAGGGUAUCAAUUAUGAGUCUAUAAUUACAAUAUUAUAUUAAGAAUGGCAAAGAUGAGCAAAAUAAUUUAGUGGGUAAAGGACCUUGCUCCCAAGGGUGCAAACCAAGUUGUAUACCUGGGAUCCACAUGGUGGAAGACAGGAGCCCUCCAGAACGUUCUCCUUUGACCUACACACACACACACACACACACACACACACAUAUACACACACACACACACACACACACACACACACACACACACACGCAUACAUACAUAAAAUUUAAUAAAAUUUAAGAAGAAUAACCAAAAACACUGUCUUAGUGUAUUUAAUCUCUUGAUAACCUUAUGACAUAUAAUAUCAUCUCUAGUUCUCCUCUGUGAAAAAUAAAGACUCAGAAAUGUUAUAGAAAUCACUUAAGGUCACACAGAAGUCCAGCCAGAAUUUUAAGACAAAUAAGAUGACCACACACUUCCUGGGGCAGGAGAGUGCAUGGGUCAUCUGGCCUGAUGGCAGAAGAUGCCCUUCCUUUUAAGCAACCUCUGCUUCUGCCUCAAGUCUGUCUAAUUAUGACAGGUCUUUCAGGAGUUCUGCCAAUGAGGUCAGGUGUGCUUUGGCUAAUGCUAAAGUGCAGAAUUAAGCUCUGCGUAGCACUGGUCUUCAUGGUCUGUCACUAGGACAGCCUGUCAGUUUUCUGAAAGAUGGAGGCUCAGCCUGGGACCGGGCUCUGAUAGAAACCAGCUCUCACGCUGAAGAGGAAGCAGCCCUCUUGUGGUCCUGUGAGAAUUAGGGUCCAGAUGCCUUUGGGGAAACUGUCUGCAUGGGCGGCACCUACUUCAUCUAGAGGCAGCUGAAGAGUUCCUGAUGACCCUCCUCAUUGUCAGCGAAGGCCAAUAUGGCCCUCACAGCUCUCAGCUAGUACCGAGACAUAGAACUGCCAACUCACUUGGCCUGGUGUACCUAGUGCAUCCUACUUCUCUCAGGAAGGGCUCCAAAAACCAGUCCAACCAAACCAUAUGUACUUCUGUCUCUCUGCAUGAGCCGUCAGAGAGAGGGAGAGAAGAGGAAGAAGGAAGGAUGGGAGGAAGGAGGAAGAGAAAGAGGAGAAGAUGGAGAGGAGGAAGAGGAGGAGAAGGAGGAAAGAGAAGCAGCGGCGGCAGCAGCAGCAGCAGCUAUAGAAGACAUUUCUGUCUUGAUCGCAUGGAGCACCUUGACCUUCUCUGAGGCCUUCUCUCGUCGCCUUGGUAACUACCUGCAAUCUCAUAGGCUCAGCCUUUUCAGUUUCCAUCAUUGGAACCUCUGUAUCCAACAAGUUGGGUGUUUGGAGCAUUGAACCCCAAUGUGACUUCAUGGCCUAACUACCACGUCCCUUUAGACUUUUGAGACACAGUUUAGCAAGCCAAGCUCCAAUAUUUUUUGAGAAAAGCAUUAUAUUUACUGCAUAGAGGAAGUUACCUGAGUCCCUAACCAGACAGUGACCCCCACAUGAGUUAUUUAAUAUUCUCAAGCCUGGUUUUCUCAUUGUCAAAGGGAGAAUAAAAUCUGCAAAGGUUAAAUGACUAAACUGUAGAAGGAGGCUUCAAAAUAGAGAUUUUGGUAUUGUGAUUUCUUCUCACCAUGCUACCAAUUCUUCUGAUCCUGGAAACAUCACCCGCUCCACUCUCACAUCUGAUGGUUGCCACUUAGAAUUCUUCCCAGGUACUUGGUACUAGUACCACAGUCCUACCUCCUUAAUGUGCCCAUUAAACUCUGUAAAAUAUGUUUGGUAAAGCCUUCACUUUGCUGUCUCUUCUUUGUGUCAAGUUUUCUGAAGUCCUUGACAACAGUAGUGUUUAGCAGGAUGGAGCUCGGUGUCUUCACUAUGAACGAAUCCCUCUCUUGACAGGAUUUAUUUUUAUGAACUCCAGUGUGUUUAUUCUGUGACACAUGACUCUGCUCCACAGUGUAGGGUCGAGUGUCUACUUUAUUGUCCAACCAUAUUCUAAAUAGCAGGUAUGGAUGCUCCUGAUUUCCCAUCAACAGUUUUAGGGUUUGGUUCUCUGUUUAGGAAUUUUAAUUGAUACUUGGCAAGAAAGCAUAACAAACACCUAAAAUAUUUUGACUAUUUUGUAGUUUUGUCUUGUUUUGUUUUGUUUUGUUUUGUUUUUUUAAAUCUGAAUAACUCACACUGAAAAUAAACAUCUACAGGCAUGGCAUAAUGAUAAAGACCCAACAAAGUUCAGAGUCCUUAUAAAAUAGUCAGCAGGUGAGCUGCAGGACUUAAGUUCUGGGACGUUUCCAGUCAUGAUAUAGGAUGUAAAGGGGAAAGGGUUGUUCAUUGGCUGAACUGACAGCUAAGCAUACACAGCUUGUAAAAAUAAGUGACCUAAAAGGAACAUGGGCCACUAUCAACAACUAACAAAUAUCUCUCUAAAAACUUUCUUCAAAGACCUGCAAUGUCAGUGUUUGGCGAUAAGGAUGUAUUUCCUAACUGUAUCUGAUAAUGAUCUGGAGGGUCGGAAAUGAGCUGUACAUUCUUGUGUUCUCACCUCACAAGACUCUUCCAGACUUAGCUGGGGCCGCAGAUCAGAGCAGCACAGAAGGGGCUGUCAUGGGGAAGCUCUGUGCACCCCAAACAGCAAGCUCUGCUUUAUAAAGACUUUCCACACUCAUCACCAGGCAGCCCACAAGCAUCGCCUAAGUCUGUAGUCCUCCCUAGGAAGGGUGGCAUUGCAGUAUUUCAAACUAAACAGAGGCUUGUUGAAUUGAAAUACAUCAUACUUCGGAAGAUUACUAUUCUAGGGAGGUUGAGGGUGUUUUGUUUUGUUUUGUUUUGUUUUGUUUUGUUUUGUUUUGUUGGUGGUGGUGAUAGGGUCACACCCCCCCCCCCUUUUUUUUGCUUUUUAAACUUUUUUCAAAUCUGUAAUAGAAAUUCUAGGGAAGAUUGUUUCCUAUGAACCAAGCUUUCAGCUUGUGACCAACUCUAGACCAUUCAAAACAGGAAAUCUGGUAAGAGUAAAAAAUUUCAGGUUUUUGGGUAAAGCAACCACAAACCUGAAGAAAUUCGGGGAUCACACUUCCUGUCCUGUCCGGGGUUUUCUUUGGCACUCUAAGCGCAUGCAUCCUGUGAUGGUCUUCAGGGUUUCUGCCGCCUUCUCUCUGCCUCAUCUCUACAUCCUCCUUGUCACCCAAAGUUGGUUUAUUUAAAAUUGGUCAAGGAACUCAUUUUAUAAAGAUGACAUCUAUGUUCCAGCUUCAUUUUGUCUCUUAGGAAGUCCAUCUUUCAAAUGCUGAAAUUCAAAGAAAACGGUACCUCAGAAAAUAUACCUUUUCAAAAACUAAGGUAAAAGUCUCAUGACAGAACAAGGAUGAGAUUUUCUUCACAACCUGAUCCUGGCUGCUUUUCAAUGUAAAAUAUAAUUUUACUGUGUUUCACAUCAAUGAAAAUGGACAACAAAUGCAGGGUUGUAUAACUAAGACUGUUUGGAAGAUGAUAGAAAAUCCUAAAAUUCUUUAAUUUCAGUAAAAUGGAAAGAGAUUACAAAAGGCUAAGUCGGUGAUCUCACUUGCAUGUAUUUAUCAGAAUGCUCAUAUUCUUAUUUUUUUAAACACACUAACAGUAUCCACUAACAAUAUAUUGAUAUUCUCACACAUUUUUAGUUUUUGUGUUGUUUUCUCAAAUGCAAAUUUGGAGUCUGUGAAGAUAAUUGAAGUAAUGGCUAACACGAUUAUUGUUCUACAAUAUUUUAGGUGCUGGUUGUAUGUAAGAGAAGUAUGUAUGUAUGUAUGUAUGAAUGUAAGUAAGAAAAGACAGCUGGGGUGUGCUAACUGCUGCAAUCUUUACAGCAAUCAAUUUUAUCAACCCCAUAUUGCUUUCUGUUCUCUGAUGAAGGACUCGAAUUUAAAUUACCAUGUGACUCCGGAUAAUCUGGUCUCACAGAGCCAGUAUUUCCAAGAAGCAAGCUAAAGCAUGGUCAGAACAGAGAAGGAUCAGAGGGGAGUAUCUGGAAUCGGUCUGAAGACCUUAAUCAGUGUCUAUGCUUUAAGACAAAGCCUGGUUGGUCAAAAGAAAGAUUAAUGCCAUCAGGAUGGAAUAACACCUCCAGGACAGAGCCUGGUAAUAACCAGGCCUUCGGACAGGGUGCAAUCAAUCAGUCUCUCGAAGGUGCAUGCGAUUUGAUUUUACAAGUUGAUAUCGUGUUUGUAUUCAUUGUUUGUUAGGUGUGUUCAGUGAGUCCUUGGUGGAAAGCAACUCAAAUAUGCCUCUCCAUUUAGAACUUCUGGAGGGGCUGUAUUCGAUAGCAUGUGACUCUGCAACAGACAAACAAGGGGCAGACUAGGAAGAAACCUGAUCUGGGUUGAGAGGGUCAGGGAGUCUCUUCUGAGGAAGAAAGCUAAAGUUUGGGGAGGGAAGAAGAGUGUAAUGGCAGCUAAGGGAGGAGCAUGCCCCACCCCCACCCCAGGAAGGUGUUGCUGUAGAAACACUUUUGUUGAGGUGUGUGGUUGGUUUCCCGGACCUCUCUAGAAACAAGCAAAAACCCUGUGGUUAUCAAAACCUAGGAGGGUUUCGAAGAAUAAGGGCCCCUCCAAAAUCAUGUUCCCAUUCACAGUUUUUUCAACAUUUCCUAUUUCACAAACAGACCAACGCACAAAACCAGUAAGUGGAAGUGGGGUCAGCAGGGAGUCAAGCUUUCUAGAAACUGAUUUCAACGUUUGCCAUUAGUUUUGUUCUUUAAGAUUUUCAUGUUAAAUUUAUACUUUCAGAUAUUAGGAAAAGUUUUGGACCCAUUCUUCUGACUGCUCACCCCCUUUCCUCUCCCCCUCCUCCUUCCUCCUUCUCCCUUCCCUCCCUCCUUCCCCCUCCCCCUUCCUUCUUCUCCCUCCAGCUCCUCCCUCCCUCCCUCUUCCCCUCCCCCUCCCAGUCCUUAGCUUUCCUCUUCUGCCCAUGUUAUGCUUACUCGGAACCUUGGACAUUGUUCAAAUCUACUUUCUCUCCUUAUGGCACCUGCAGGGAAAUAUAAAAGCAAAACACAGCCUUUUCUAGCUAAAGAUGAUUUGGUUGUCUUAAUGGAGCAGAGGGUCUAUGUGUAUACUCCUCUCCCCAACUCAAAAGGAGGAAUAACCAUGAAGCAGGGGCAUUGGUUUUUAUCUGUAUCUAUCUGUGUAGUACUAGGAACCUGCCCAGCACCAGUUCACUCUGGAAGGCAGCAAUGGGUGACUUGGUGGUUUUCAGGGGCAAAACUUGGUUUAGUGAAGGUGAAGCCACUUUCUUCUAGUAACAUUUACCUUUCUUAACUCUUUGUGAUUCUAAGACCAAAAGCCUUUGGCUUCUGGUAAUUAACUCCUGCUGCUCAGCAGCAGGGGAAUUAAGUAGAGAAGUUGAUUACUCUGGCACUUUGUUCAUUUCUCACAGGCCCCUCACUGAUCUGGGUAAGAGGCUCAGAGUUCAUUAACUCCUUAUGGGCCAAAGAAGAAAGUCACACUUGCAGAAAGAAAAUCUUUUACACAGGCAAUACACGCAGACAUACACACACUCAUACAUUCAUACGCACAUUCUGAUCAGGCCCAACCACCUUUCUCAUCAGCUCCAAAGGUGUUCAUGCAUACUUAGAUACGUACACAUAUACCUACACAUAUAUGUAUAGACAACAGGCAUAUACAUUUGGUGGAUGGGCCUGAGUCCCCUAAGUCACACUUUAUUCCUUCUAUAUGGCCUUCUUAUACCUUCUUAGGCAAAAGUUCUUUAGAAAAUUAUCUCUUAGAGAAAAUGGUACACAAAAUGGGAGUUAUAGAAGGAUGUUGAUAUUAAAUUCAAAGUAGUGUUUUCUCCUAUAAGUUAAUUAUAAGUUCAAAGCAACAGUUUCACAUGGCCUUCCUUAUUAUAGUACACACCUGUGGCUUCGUCCUUGAACCUGACCUAGAAAGAAUGGUUCUCCUUGAUCGCAAUUCGUACCAAUCCUGCUCUCCUAUCCUAGUGCAAUUAACCCAUGGCACAUGAAAGUUUACAGAGAGAGCUAGAAUUACUUGUAUAAAUUUAGGAAUUCUAUAAAAUCAUUAUCAGGAAUUAUAAAAUCAUCAAUUUGUCUAUACAGCAUUACUACAUGAUAGAACAUCUUCAUCGAUCUGCAGAAAAUCUGCCCAAUAGGAAAGGCUAAUGACCAGAAAUCAUUAGGCUAUGUAAGAGUGACAGAAAAGGCAUAUCAGUAGCAAGAAGCAAUCCUGAAAUAAAAAUCUCUGAAGGUCCUGCAGUUCAGCGCUUACCCAUUGCAUCCAUGCAAAGCAGAGGCCAUCUCCAGAAAACUUACUUCAUGCUCUUUAGCUUUUCUUCAUGCAUUCCUGACAGUUUAGGGAAAUGUUAAUGAGCAGAGAUGCACACAACACCUAGCUAUGGUUUUGUUCUGUUUCUAGAAUGCUGGUGUGCUUGUAAAUGAGAAUUUUCCUAGUCUGAUGAUUGAAAUACUACUGCAAUUACCAAAAUUCCCUGGAGAAGUUCUGAAAAUCAGGAAGCCCUUUCGAGCAGUCUCCUUGCAAUCUAUGGGACUCAAUCCAGAGAAGUAUGUUUAUUGCUAAUGCAUACCCUAGAGAAAUUUAAAGUACUACCAUGUUCUCCAUGGUCUCAGUUACACAGCCAAAAUAGAGUUUGUGUUCAACAGCAUGAGAUACAUAAAUUAGCUUCACAGGAUCACGAGUAAAUUAAACAGCAAUCUGUCAGUCCCAUUCAAUCAUAUGCAAACAUACUUUAUGUACAUACAUGUGCUAGUUCUUUUUAGGGGGUAUUUUGAAAAAUGUUGGGUUACUCUGAAAUGUUGACAGCUAUGAAUUCUGCUGCACAAAUCGGUGUAUGUGUAUGUACGCUUGUGUGUACAUACAUGUGUGUGCAAGUACAUGUUUGCAAAUAUGAGUUUAUGUAUGUGUAAGUAUGCAAGUGUGUGUGCACGUGUGCAUGUUUGUGUGUGCAUGUGUGAGUGUGUAAGCAUGUGUGUGCAUCCAUGCUGAUGUAUACUCACCAGGACAACCCAACUCUGGCUCUUUAAUUAGUGGAUAGGAAUUAUUUCACUAUACCUUUUAGAGAUUUCUUUAGAAACAAUAAACCUUCACAGAGCACAGAGCAUGGCAAAAUCACUGAAAAUUCCUUGCUCUACCUAUUAAAAUGCAUUCAAUGUUUUGAAAAAAUGUCAUUCAGUCUUAAGCUGCAUCCAAAUGUGCAUUAAAGUGUAUGUAUGUGUUCAUACAUACAUACAUACAUACAUACACACACAUAUAUACACACAUAUAUAUGUAUAUAUACACAUGUAUAUAUACAGCAUAUUAUAUGUGUAUUAUAUAGUAUAUAUUAUAGCACACACGUAUAUAUAUAUAUAUAUGUAUGUAUAUAUAUAUAUGCACAUACUAUACAUACAGCAUAGUAUAUAUGUAUUAUAGAGUAUCUAUUAUAAUACACUUCUCCAAUGGUCAGUUUCAGUUUCUCACUGAAUAACUGUUAAGUAAACUGCUAGCUGUGUAAUUAAGCUAAUAGGACAUGUGAGUAAGCAUCUAAGCAUUCUUUGAAAUGUCUUACAUACUCUGCACAUGAGGUAAUGGUUCUUAAAUCAUUGGUGUCAGAGCUUUAAAUUUAUAGGGAUUGCUCUGUAAGUAGCAGAAAUUCUUAGUAGUAGUAUAGAGUGGUAAGGAGGGGUUUGAGGCAUGAUAUAAAAUACUAAAACUGUAAUUGACUGCAUUAUUCUUGUCUUCAUAGUAAGGAGGGAAAUGUUCCUGUGUCAUACUGACACUUAGACGUUCCGGUAAAAUCCUCUACGUAAUGAUUCCUGGUGAAGUGGCAGCAUCCGUCACAUCUUAGUUAUUAUUAUUGUCUCCAUGGCAAUUCAUGUCAGAUAAGAAAUGAAAAGCCAUCAGGCCUCCAGCUUAUUCAGUUUGAGCAGAGAUGGCUACUAGAAGCUUGCGGGGACAAGGGGUGUCUCAUAAAAUAGAAAGAAAUAGGUAGUUUCCAUUUCAAUUGCAGUUUUCCCUUUAAGGCCCCUCUAGAUGUCAGUAUGCACAUCUCCCUUUCCAUCAUCUGUACUGAUCAUAAGGAUAUUGAUCUCAUCUGUCAUCACUGUAGAACUCAGUUAGGGAACAGGCAAGGGAACAGAAAGCCACCACUGAGGAGCUGCCACUAACAAGUGUGUCAGACAAUUAGCACUCAGGAAUGCCAAACUGCAUAGCUCUCUGUGUGAAGAGCAAGAUGUCUUUGUGGCCUCAGAGUAUCUUCCCAUAGGGUAUCUAUUAAUUACAGAGGGGGAAAUAACCUGUAAUGGAGAAACUUAGCAGACAUCAGGUUAUACAAAGACUGAACUCGGUGUUGUUAGUAAUGGACGUCCCCUGAUGUGAGCGAUGCAGUAAGACUGUUCUCUGUAUAAUUCAUCCAACAUGCUCAUGGUAAUGGAGACAGACUUUAGUUACAUAACAGCAGCAGCAGGGAAAGGCUGUGGUUCAGGAGACCUGAGGAGAGCAUCCUAAGCACACAGCACAGACCAGUUUUGCAA